AUGAAGGACUUGUACGGUUCCACUUCCAAAGUGUUUGGAGCCUGGUCGGAAAAGUCAACCCUCAGAAGUCAACGAAGCCUUGUGUUGUCUGCUCAAGGCCUGCAGGGUCCAGAGGCCUAUCAGGAGUACUACAUCAGGCAUGUCGAUGGUGGUCCUGUAAGUUCGGAAGCCGAGAGACAGAGGCUGAUACAUUGCUUGGAAGCAGCCAUAAAGAGACGAACUUCAGAGGGCAUAAGACUAGAGCUAUGCGGGGAAGACAGAGUGGGGCUUCUUUCAGACGUGACUCGUAUAUUCAGAGAGAACGGUCUGUCAGUGACGAGAGCCGAGGUGACAACGAGGGGUUCUCAAGCCGUGAACGCUUUCUACGUCACAGAUUCAUCUGGGAAGCCGGUUAAGAGCCAAACAAUAGAGACGGUGCGAAAUCAGAUCGGAAGGACCGUUCUUCGGGUGAAAGACGAAGGCUUUUCGGGUUCCCCGGGAACACAACAGGAGACAGGGAAGUUCUCGUUGAGCAAUCUCUUCAAGUCAAGGUCUGAGAAGUUUCUUUAUAACCUGGGUUUGUCAAAGUCAUUUUCUUGAGGGUUUCUGUUUAGGGUUUUCAUUCUAAGAUCUAAGAUCUCUUCCCAAGGCUUUGGAUUUGGUUGUGUUUGUACAGUAAUUGGGGUUUGUGGUUGAUUGGAGUUGGUCAUGGGGUUAUUAUUGUCGGGUACUCUGUGGUUUGGGGUCUAGGGUUCUAGAUGUAAAUAUAUUCAUGUGAAUAUGAUUUUAUUAAUAUUAAAUAUUAUUCAUCCCA